UAUCAUGAACUAUGAACCCUAGUAAGAGUAAGGUCAAUUUCAGGCCACCACCAGGAAAUUCUGAAAUAUGGUUUGCACGUGCAUUAUUCGAGUUUUCACCCAGUGUUUCUGAUGAGUUGAAUUUGGAAGUUGGGGAUGUGGUUCAAGUUCACAAUAAAAUUGAUGAUUUCUGGAUGAAAGGAUUAACUCUUAAUAAUGGAAAGAUUGGUCAGUUUCCAGUUGAUUUUGUUGUGGACAUUGCCAUACCGAAACAUUCAAAAGAUGAAGUAUUGUUGUAUGCACUUGAUGCUUUCUACCCUGAGGUGAAUGGUGAUCUUUCCUUUAACAAAGGUGACAUAAUUGUACUUGAAAAUAAAGUCAAUAAUGAAUGGGGUACGGGUCGUUCCGGAAACUCAAACAGGGGUAUAUUCCCACUUAAUUAUACAGCGAAACUGCCAUCACCAAAGAUAGAUUCUUUCAAUAAAAGUUCAGUGCGAAGGAAAGCUCCGGUCGUCCCACUGGCAAACAAGAUCAAAUCUACCAAGGGAAUGGCUGAUAAAUCUGAAGUUCUGGGAAAAGCUAAAGCCAUUAUGAACUUGACGGCACAGCUAGAUGAAGAAUUGAGCUUUCAAGUUGGAGAUGAAAUCCUUAUCACUGGAGUAUCAGAUGAUGGACUGUGGUUCGACGGCAAGACUGGGUCAGAGUCCGGCUCAUUCCCUGCAUCUUUUGUCAAACUUGAAGCACCUUUGAAAACUUCGUCUACUGAACAGCAUCAUUUUUCUGUCGACGUCUCUCAUGAUCAUAAUGAAAAUAAAGGAUGGAAAGAAGGGGAUGUUGAUGUCGUUGCUGAUAGUGUAGUAAACGUAGGAAAUUAUUCUGCUGCUGAGUUUUCUAAAAAACAAACCAAAUUAACAAGAAAUCAUAAAGAAUCGGAAUAUUUUCACACUCAUGAAGAUUCAUCAAAAACUCAAUCAGAUAAUGUUGCUGAAGACGCCACUGAAAAAUCAACUGUAAAGAAUAUUUUAUACACUGUAGAAGCAUUGCAUAAUUUCAGUGGAUCAUCUGAGCAAGAAUUAUCAUUUCACAAAGGAACUAUUAUUCCUAUUUAUGAAGAAGUUGAUGAACAUUGGUUCAUGGGUAAAGUAGGAGACGCGGAAGGGUAUGUGGCAAGAGCCUAUGUAUCACAGACCAUUGAAGCAAAAGAUUCUCAUUCUGAUAUGCAGUCAAAUGAUAAGAAAAAUUUUUCAUCUGCCAACUCACCUGUUUGUGAUAAUAAUAAAACAAUUGUUAAUAACAAUGAGAAUUUUAAUAAUAUGAAGCCUCAAACCCAACAUGCCAGACAGACUGUGACGAAUAUCCUAAGAAAACAUGUUGAUAAUUCUGAGUCACAUGACCCCACUGAAAAUAUCGAAGAGGGUCAUCAAAAAUCUUUGGAUUGUGGAAAGAGAAAAGCUCUGGUUAUGUAUGACUAUGAUAGCAGAAAUCAACAUGACCUGUCAGUAACGAAAGGUGACAUAAUUUGGAUUAUUCGAGAAGUGAACUCAGAGUGGUGUAAAGUUGAAAAUGAAUCAAAGAAAAAUGGAAUUAUUCCUAUUAGUUAUGUGGAAAUCAUAGCCGAAGAAAACUCAAAAUCAAAAUUGUUACUGAAAAAUAAUACUGAAAAACGUAAUGUAAAUACUGUAAAAGACGUUGCUGAUUCAACAAAAAAAUAUAGUUCCCAAUCAUCUGAAAUGCAACAAUCUUGCCAUGAAAGCACUGUUUUGUCAUCUGUACCUGAACAUUGUAAUGUAGCGGACUCGAGUUCAACACGAUCAUUAGCAUUUUUAAGUCCAAAACCUUUUGUGUUUCAAAAACCUAAUAUUUCACGAAAUUAUGACAGACGAAAUGUUCGUCCUAGAACAUUACAGAAAUCAACAUCUGUAGAUAUACAAAAACAGCCGCUUUCGCCAUCUAAUAGUCAUAGAAUUCGCAGAAGCAAUUCAAAUCCUAUGUCACGGAAUGAUACGAGCCCUAAAGAUGCAAUGGUUCAUUUAAAAGCCUGGCAGCGAGCGCGGAAAGUCAGCGAUGUGACUACUCAAAAUAUUCGACAAGAAAGUGCAAUUCAGGAAGUGUGUAGUGAAAAUAAAGCUGCUGACAGCACUAGAACGUCCAGUCAAGCGGUUAAUAGAAGCAGUAGUAUGCGAGAACGAAAUUCAAUGAAGCGAAGUGUGGAUCGAGUUCCAUCUGAUCCUAAUUUUAGGAGAAUUAGGUCCAAUACAAACAUUUUUACUGAUAAAAUUACUGAAAAUGGACGCCCUAGAAGCACUUCACCUAGAAAAAGGCCAACAAAUGUUGUAAAUUCAUCUGGAAAUACAACUGAAACUUCUGAAGAUUUUUCGUCAACUGUGAGCACGACAUCAUCAUCUUCUAUGGAUGAUCCAAGGUCAAGGUUAUCGGAUGCCUCUUCUGCAUCCAAUAAAUCUAUCAAAACAAACAGAACAAUUCAAAGGUCAGCUCCACCAAUUCCUCCCCACUCUAAUGAUAGAGCACCAACGCCAGAACAAACCAAAUCAAUAUGGAGUCCUCCCGUACCUCAAAGGAAGCAAUCACUUCAACAUUUUAGCAAGAAUAAACAAGAAGACUACUGGUCAGCAUCACCAGUUCAAAAUGAAGUCAAUCCAGGUAGUCUGACCCCUUCACGACCUGCUCCACAACUUCCACUUCCUGUUAGACCACCAAUGCCUAUCCAAAAAAAAGUUGCACCACAAAGACCUGCUAAUCCACCAAAAGCUGGUUCAAUUUCUGUUCAUAGCAAUAGAACAGUAAAUGGUGGAACACAAGAAAGAGUUCAAUUGAUUACUACAAAAGAAAUAAAAGGGAAAAUGGAGAAGUUACGAUCUGACAUUGAAGAAUACACUAGGAUGAAGAGAGAUUUAGAAUCAUUGUAUCAAGCAACUCUGGAUGGGAAGGAGCGAAGAGAAAUAUCAGAAAAUCUUGAAUUUGUUAAAUCAAAUCUUCGUAGACUACAAAACGAGUUUCAUAACGUAAUUGAGGGACAGCAAGAUCACAUAUAUGAAAGUAUCGAAGUACACAUGCGACCCAAGACUAAUACAGUUGAAGAUGGACAUGAAACUAAUUAUGGAAGUUUAUCUGCACCACCUCUUCCACCAGCUAUGGAGUCUCCAGGUUCGAUUAGGAAAAAGAGAAAAGAAAGACGGCUUUUGGUGGCUACAGAAUUAUAUAACACAGAAAAAGAUUUUCUAACUGAUGUUACGGUUACUGUAGAAGAUAUAAUGAACGAAUUAAUUGAUAGACAGAUACCGCAACAUAUAAUAACAACCUUGUUUGGAAAUAUUGUUCAAAUAAAAGAAUUCUCAGAAAGAUUUUUGAGUGAUUUGGAUCGAGCAUUGAAACACGAGUCAUCGCCAUCAUCUGAGAAAAAUUCUGAAGAUCUGACAAUUGGCCAAGUAUUUAUCGAUAAUAUCCCAAAUAUGAAAGAUGUGUACAUGCCGUAUUGCAGAAAUCACGAUGACUCUAUCGCUAUGGUUGAAAAAUUAGAAAAUGACGCUGAAUUUAUGCAAGCUGUCGGAUACUGCCUUGAAACUGUGAAGAACAAAGUCAAUGUUUUCGAUCUUGGUUCUUUUCUCAUCAAACCUGUACAGAGGUUUUUAAAAUAUCCUCUUCUUAUAUCGGAAUUAAUCAAGUUGACUGAUCCUCCAUCUCCGAACGAUAAUGAUUCCUCUGAUUAUGAUAACCUGAUAAAAGCGGGAAAAAUGAUGCAAUCUGUCGCUAAUGAUAUCAAUGAAGAUAAGAGGACGAAAGAUUUAGUUCGGAAAUACAAAAAUGCUGCAAAUGAAGGUCUUUCAGAAAAACUCGGGAAAAUAAGCAUGAAAUCUCUGAAGAAAAAAUCCACUAGAUUGUCUCGUAAACUCGGUCAAGCUACUGGUAUUACAACAUUAGAAACAAGAGAUGCUCAAUUUGAAGAAGUUGAAAAAAAAUUUAAAAUGAUGGAACGUAUGACAAAAAUGUUUCUUGCCAAUGUGACAUCAUAUUGUGACAAAUGUCGUGAUGUCUUAUGCACAGAACUAGUGGUUGCAAAAGCCAUUGUUGAUAUGGUUGUCGAUCCAGAAAGUAGUCAUCCUGUUGUCCAGUAUCAAAAAACUGCAAUUCAGAUGUCUGGACCUUUAUAUCGUCAGUUUCACGAUCAAGUUCAACUUCAAGUACUAUCACCUAUUGCUUCAUUAAUAACAAGUUUCAAAGCUCCACAAACCAUCAUAACAAAAAGAUCUGAUAAAUUAAUUGAUUAUGAACAAUUAUUGAAGAAUUCGGACUCAAAAGAAAAAACUCAGGCUGCCAAACAUGAUUAUGAAGCGUUAAACAAAUCACUUCUUGACGAAUUACCUAAACUCUGUGAACUUGGAUCGAAAUUACUGUCAUCUUCUAUCGCUAUAUUUGCCAGAGUAACAAGAGAUUUUGAAGCAAAGUUAUUGAACGCAUUGAAGCCCCUUGUUGCUAUGAUUCAACAGUCUUCUACUGGCAAUCCAAAAAUAAUUAGUAACUUGGAAACUUAUGAUCGUUUUAUUCCUUAUCAUAUAGAAGCUGUACAGACGAUUUCGAGAUUACAAAUUGUUCCUGAUACAUUUGGUGCUUUGUAUGGUGCUGUUAGUAAAACAUCAAAUAAUGAUGACAGUAGAAGAACAAGUCGAACUUCUCUGACGAAUGUCAAACCACAAGAUAGUCCAACCACUUGCAAGCGACAAUCUGUGGAAGACCGAAAAGAGUUGAUGCAAAAACAUCCGAAACAAUUGUACGUUGCUGAGAAAAAUUAUACUGCAUCGCAAUUGAUGGAUAUAGAAUGUUGUGAUGGAGAUUUACUAGCUGUUCUUAAAAAACAAGAUCCAAUGGGAAAUAAAAAUAGAUGGUUUGUCGAAAGAGGUGGAGGAGCUAACGCAACUGGAUUUUUACCUUCUACCAUUCUGAGACCGUUCGAUCCAAUUCAUGAUGACUCGAUGAGACUUGGCAGCCUCGGCAGCCCUACGUCACCAUCUCUCGGGGCCAAAGCAACCCCUGUUCCUGCCCCCAGGACAAAGAGCCCCACUCCUUCAUCAGGAUCUGUUAGCUCAGGUCAUUCCAGUUCAACAUCAGGCGGAACUAAACCUCCUUUAUCACCAUAUCUUAUUAGAGAUACUUUGAAGCGAGGAACUAAUCAGAAAAGCAUGUUUUCCCAGUUGACAGAUUCUGAUAUAAUCGAAGCUUUUGCGGAAGAAGAUGAAAUAUUUGAUGAUACUGAAUAUGGGGAGGUACCAGCGACUGGCACUAGCCCAACGCCUGCAAAACAACAUUUCCGUGCUCAGUUUGAUUUCACAGCAAGAUCAGAUUUAGAAUUGACCGUUCAUACAGGAGAUAUUGUUAAACUCAUUGUCGCUCAUGAUACUGACGGAAACCCUGAAUGGUGGCUUGUAUCAAACUCUGAUGGAAAGCAAGGCUAUGUUCCUUCAAAUUAUUUAACGAAAGCAGAGUAUUUGUGAUGAAUAACUGUAUUUUAUUUAUGCUUUUGGUUUUCUUUUUAAAUUUUGGGAAAUAGAUAUUUUUUAUUAAAAAUUUUUUUAUGAAUAUGAUAAUUUGAAAUUAAUGUUUUAUAAGUAAAAUGGGUUUGAAAGAAUGAUUCAUGUUCAAUUUUAUCUGAUAAAAUCAUGAUUUGACAUUUAUCGGCGGAGUUUGAAAUGUUUAAAGUUGAACCAAAUAUUUAAAAAAACACUAUUUCUGAAAUAUUAACGUCUGUCAUUCAAAAAAUGAGAAGAUAACGUAAAUUUAUCAUACAACAUUAAAAUCUGUGGUAAUGCAACUUCAAUAUUCGAUAAAUUUUUGUUUAAUUUACCAUUUUUAAGUGAUAUUCGGGCUUGUCUUAAUAAUCUACCUAUCUAUUUUCUUUCGUGAUUGAUGGUAUACAUUGUACUAAUUAUUCAUAAUACCAUUGUUAUUUUUUAUAUCUGGGGCAUUGUGUGCUAUAUCAUUUUGCAGUAUUUUUAUGAUUAUUCGUUUCUGUAAAUUGUGAAAUUUCUUGAUAGGAUUAUGAAUGUUGCUCAAAUAACGUAAAUUCUGAACGAAAUUCAAAUUGUUACAUAUCAAUUUAUAUUUGAACUAAAUAUGUUUUAAUAAAGGUGCAUUUUCUGUAAUUUUUUGUAAUGACAAUCUAAUAAACAAAGCUGUAUGCGUUUACUUGUUUUUAAAUUAUAUAUUUUUUUCUCUGUUAUGUUUGAUUGUUAUUCAGGGCUGAAAGCCCUUAUUUAAAUAUUUUUCGAUUUAAACAUUUAGCCUUUCCAUAAACAGGUAUAGGAAAAAAACUUGCCAGUAAAAAGGAGAUUGGUUGAAUUCUUAACCAUGGCUUUUAGACAUCUACUUGAAAGGUUAAUAUCACUAAAUUGUGUAUUACCAUCAAGUUCAUGAAAAUAUAUUAAACAUAGUAUACUUUACCUUAAAUGGAUAAUUUGAACCAUUCAAUUAACUCAUCUCAAAGUAGUAAAUACUUUUAAAAGUUUGUUCACAUUAUGUAAUUGUUCAGAAGAAACAGGUAUCACUUUAACACCUUGGUCUGGUAUUUUUUAUGAAUCUGGUAAUAAUUGGAUAUUACUUUACAAUUAACCAUGGUAAUCUCUUUCCUUUUGAAAUGAUCAUUUUAGCGUGAAAACACACCGAAAAGAGUAUUUAUUCAUUGGGAAGUUUCAUAUGAUCCUCUGAUUCGUUAUACCCAUAUUGAACUUAUAAAAUGAUUCGGACCUCCUGAAGUAUGCGCAACAAGAUGGACUCGGGUUGUGUACUAGGUUGGGGUUCAGGUUGUGCGACAUCUUGGUGCGCAUACUUCAUGAGUACCCUAAUUCCUUGGUAAAUACAAUGCUUUUUCUUUGAUUAAUAAUAUAAGACAGGCAAAUGGAUAUUUAGUUUUUAUCACUUACAAAUCUCUUAUGAUUGUUAGUGCAUUCUCGCAGUACUACAAUUAGUUAUAAGGUAUAUCGUUAUCGAGUAUGGGCCACGAAUAGAUCGCGCCGAUGAGGCUUGGUCAAUCCGUUGCCCAUGCUCGACAAAGGAUAAUUCUCCCUAACCAAUUGGUUAUUUACAGAGAACAUGAAAGUGGAAAUAUAUCUACAUCCUUAUCUUAAAACUUGAUUCUAUAUUUUUAUCUCAUCAAUACAGAUUAGAUUUUUAUAUGAUUUUGUAUUGUAAAUUCCACAAGUAUUAAUAAUUCAUAUUAUUAUUCUAAUUAUUACAAUGAUUCAUAUUAAAUAAUGCAUUUCUACCUUUGA